CAGUUCGUCUGCCACUUGCCAGUGUGAAGUCAUGGUGAAGUGUGAACUCAGAAUCGUGAUCAGCAUAACUACUAUUAUUAGCCACCCUAGGCCAGUUAUUUAAUUGAUGAAUGCUAGCUGUAGCUUGUUAACCCAUAGUUACGUAAAGUGUUUUAUUACAAAGUGUUUAAAAUCGACAUGCCUCAACGUGGCAAGUCACUUCCGCUCUUGUUUGGUUCUUGAUGUCGGUUGUCACCAUGAUGUUGUCAAAAAUGGCGGCAAAAUUACGUUGGCAGCAAUUCAAUCUUCCUCGCAGAUGUAAUGCUAUGAUUGGCAACAGAUGUAGAUGGUAUGACAAACUCUUUAAAACGGAUUAUCAUCAUGUUUUACGCUCUAUGCACCUGGUCUCUGACCGGCCAGCAUAUGUUCCCUUUUAUUCCUAAACAAUGUCAACUGUGAAUUUCACAGUCAAAUUUUUGAAAGAAGACAACAAUAUUAUUCUUCCAGUCAUGGGCCAUGAAUAUUAUGCCUAGUUUACCUUAUUGAUUCAAAGGUCUUUUGUAGUGUAAAUUCAUAACGGGUCGCGUCAUUCCAUCCGUUCAACCCAAAGUGACUUGCAUUUUCCCCUUUAAGAAUAUUUUGCCUGCGAAUUUGUGUUGUGCUUCAAGCUUCAUGCCCGGCAGCAAAAUGUGUUACAUGUACACAUAUGGUGCUUAAACUUACGUCAGUAUGGAGACGGUAGUCGUUUGAGUUCUAUCUAGCUCAGACCAGUGCAGAUAUUUUGAGUAUGGAUGAAGAUUGUUCCAGGACUUCUAUGAAGUUCAACACCGACCAAAAGCUGGACAUGGGAAAGGCAGAAAUUGAGAAAAAGGAGGGAUUAGCAUUGCUGAUUUACGAUUUAAAACAACGCAAAUUAAUCCCUAUCAAAAUCCUUAGCCUGAUUGUUUUUUCUGGUUAUGGCGUGCUGUUCCCCUACGCCGCAAUUCACAUGAAAUCUUUGGGGAUCAGCGUUGAAGAAACUGGCGCCAUUUACAGCGUAAACGCCGUUCUGAGUGUAUUGAUACCUAUCUGCAGUGGCAUGAUCGCCGAUAAAUUGGGAAAUUUCAAGAUGCUUUUGAGCGUAUUGUUCGGAUGUACUAGCAUUACUUCGCUUAUAUUCCUGCUUGUUCCAGUCGGAAGGAUUUCGAUUGCUAACCCGACGAAUAUGUCGAUGACACUCGGCUGCUUCAACGACAACUCGACACUCACACUGACAGACCUCGACUUGCAUCCAUGCAAAUUCAAACUGAACGAAGACUCAGAAAUCGGUGAAAAUGUGUCUGCGACAAUAGGAGAAUGUGGCAGCGUUUGUUACCGCAGCGACAAAUCUGACACCGAAGCCACCCUAGAAACAGCCUCUUCUUUUGUAAGUGAUACCAAUUUAGAUCACUCCAUUGGUAAAGAAUAUCUUGAUGCUGUUUUCUUCCCAAACGACUGGGAUUUGGAGAUGUCCUGCUUGCAAAAUUUGAGUGGAAGAAGUAACUGUCAGUUAGGUCGCAAAAGUGGUGCUGUUUCAAGAAAGGGAAAAAACGCAACUCUUGCAUUAAAAUUAUUUCAGAGCGACUACAACAUUAAAAGAAUGAUCCCCGUUUUGUGGAUGGCUUUAGAAGACGAAUCCGAGUUUCAUCACAAGUCUAGCGACUUCCAAAUUCAAUGUAGCACUUAUGAUGAAAAACUGAAUCUCCUUCAGACUGUGUAUUCUCAAGACAAUCAAACAGAAAACAACCCGAUCACCCACUACCGUACGUGCCGCUCUCAGUGCGUCGUUCAGAUCAACCGCUCCGACCUUUGUUCUGAUAUAGUCCGUGAAGAAGUCAUCAAUCCUCAGCUCACAUUCUGGAUGUACUUGCUGCUUCGUUCCGUCUUUGAAGUGUUCGUCGUAGGAUCUGCCACUUUAUUCGAUGGAGCCGCUUUGGUUCUAGUCAACGAAGUCCGUGGUGACUUUGGCUUCCAGAAAAUGUUUGGAUUCAUCGGGUUCGCAAUAUUUUCACCGAUUUCCGGAGCCCUGAUGGACCAUUUUAGUACAAAUGAAAAUGAUACAAAUUUCCGGCCGGCGUUCUUUCUAUUUGCUGGUUUAUUUGGUAUUGCAGCUGUUGGAAUGUUAACGAUUGACCUCAAUUUUAAACCUCCGGCGGAAAAGCUGAUGAAAAAUGUGAUAUCCUUGCUGAAAAACGUUGAGCUGGACGUUCUACUUGCCGUUUGCGUAGCCUCAGGAUUCUUGGUGGGGUGCACGGGAAAUUACUUGUUCUUAUUCUUGGAAGAAAUUGGUGGGACCAGGUCAUUAAUGGGACUGUCGGUCACCAUCUCUUGUUUAACAGCAAUUCCAUUGCUUCUGUUAUCGGAUACCAUUUUUCGUAAAUUUAGUGUUCCCAACGUCCUAGUCUUUUGCCUUUUUACCUUCGUCAUACGUCUGAUAGGAUAUUCAUACAUCACCAACCCAAACUUGUGUCUCGUAUACGAGGCUAUUGAAGCCAUUAAUGGUGCUCUAUCCCUGACAUCUUUUAUGAUCUAUGCCAACCAACUGGGGACGACUUCCACUGCGACUUCCAUUCAAGGAUUGAUUUCGACGACCUACUUCGGACUAGGGGUUGGAAUCGGAAGCUCUGUCGGCGGAGUCCUGAUCGGAGCGUUCGGCCAACGAGUGGUUUUCCGCAUUUUGGCAGUCAUCGCUUUCCUCACUGGAUUCUUCUACUUCCUCUUUAAUAUCCUUUACUUGCGUCUAAAGGCCAAUGAUAAAAAUAACACUAUCGUUGACAAGGCUGAAUCAAACAGGAAAGUUGAAGAAAUUCAGUGACAUUCAACGUCCGUUUGCCGAGUUAGUCUUUUGAUAGCAAAUAGCAUUUAAGCAAACUUCUUUCCUAUAAGCCAUUAAAUCGGUCGUUUUGAGACUUGACUAACGUUUUGACUAAAUAUUUUUAGCUUAUUUACAGAUUAAAGCCUAUGAAAUAUUCAGAAUUUAAAGACUAAAAGAAUUUCGGUUAUUGUCAUAAUUUGAUAAAUCAAUAUAAAGUAGUUUUCGUUUCA